AUGGUCACUUCAAAAUCACCAAACUUCUCUCAAAACCCAUCUCUACAAGCACUUGGCCUCAACAAGCAAGAGAAGCUAAGCCACCUCCACUUCUACUUCCAUGACAUUGUCAGCGGUCCAAACCCUAUUGCCAUUUGGGUUGCCCAAACACCCACAUCCAAAAAAUCCCCAACCCUAUUUGGCUCCAUAGCCAUGUUUGAUGACCCAUUAACCAUGGGCCCCGAAAAAAGCUCCAAGCUUGUGGGAAGAGCACAAGGGAUUUAUGGGUCUGCUUCACAAAGUGAGGAUGCUUUGUUGAUGACCAUGAACUUGGCUUCUUAA